AUGGAAACUGAAACUUGCUUGUUCCUUUCGGAAUGGGAAGCUGUACGAUGCAAGGCCCAUGCAGUGCGGCGUAAAUGGGCGGAAGAUGAGCUGUGCCGUCAGCAGCUGCAGAUUCAAUGCGGAAGCACUUCCUUACAGUCUUGGCUUUCGGUCAUGGAGACCCAGAAGAAGGUUCUUGAAGGAGCAGCAGCUGCAACUGCUCAGGCUUUGGCUGAGGUGGAGAGUCAUUGGAGGCCUGUGCGAUUGGAGGCCACGGACGGUGGACCUGCUUCUUGGCUCCUGAGUGCCGAGCAGGCGAAGGUUGCGAGCUUCAAAGCUCGAGCCGCCCAGUGGGCAGCUCCGGCGGGAGGCUCCGACUUGAGGAAGCGUCAGCAGGCGCUCUCGGACCAUGUGCAGGGUCAGGUGGUCAGCGCUGUCCGUGGCUGGGAUCAGGCGCAUGCCGCGGCGGAAGCUGCGUGGCUCAGCCAUCACCAGCGCGUGGAAGAGACCAGCCGCGCCAUCGCGCAGGACAAGGCCCCCCCCGACUCCUGGCUCAGUGAAGUGCGCUACCGUGAACAAGCACGCAAGCAUCUGUCCGAGCAAGCGGCCACCGAAGAGCUGCUCCUCGGCGCUGCUUCGAAGCUGCAUGACCUGGAAGCCGAGCGCGCCCUCUACUGGCAAGCAUUUGUGGAGGCCUACAGGGCGUUGUCAGCCGCCGAUAUACCUUCUCCAGGAGAAGAGCACAUGAUGCCUUCACCAGCCAAGCCACCGGAAGUGCAGCUGCCCGAAGUACCCGACAUUCCCAGUGCUGGAGGGGCUGUGCUGCAGCUGGUGCCCGCUGCAAUGGUGGCUCCCGGUGGCCUCUUCGGCCUCGGAGGUGGCGGCUGGCGCGAAGGCGCCACGCUGGUGCUAACUAUCCAUGGCUAUCUGCAUCUCUUUUACACGGACCCCAAGGUGGCGACAGCCAAGCCGGAGGAUGCUGGUCCAGAGUUGGUGGAAUCUGACAUCCAAGCCUCGGUGUACGCGCCCAUGGCAACAAAGUGUGUGUUUCAGCGGCGCGGUAAGGAACUGAUCCUGGAGCUGGCUGAGCCGGAAGCGACGCCGCCGGAGGGUUCGCCGAGCAGUGAGAAGCCUUCGGCGGCUGCGAGCUUAAGAAAAUGGUGGUCUGGCAAGGCUCAAGAGCCGGUACCUCGGCGCAUCGUGGCUCGCCUCUCUUGCCCAGACGAGUUCAAAGAACUGGAGGGACGCUGCCACGAGUUCGUACGCAAGGGGCACGCGCUGCGUGCUGCGACCCCACCGCGGGUGGCAGGUGCAUCUCCCACAGCAGGAUACGCAGAAGCUGCGGGUUCUUCGUAA